AUGGUCAGAAAUCUGGUGACUAGCCGCAGGUCUUCUUCAAUAGACAGAAGAAGAUCUAGAUCAAGACAUAAUUCAGUUGCUUCAACAAGUUCUUCAGCCAAUCUCCUACUUGAUGACAAUAAUUAUGAAAUGUACUCGGGAGCUGCAUCUGAAAUCAUUCCAUCGUCAAUUACCUCAUUGCAUUAUCCACAUAGCUUUGGUGGGAGAAGAGUUUCACGAGUAUCCCGAGAAACAUCGCCUUUGCUUAGUGCUGAUGAAAACGACAGCGACUUGCAACGAGUCAGAUCAAACGCUUCGAGAAAUUCUAUCGACACUCAGGCCAAUUUUAGGUUUUUCUCGCCGGACGAAAUUGAACAUGCUCAAGGUGGUUCAACUUUAGAGAACCCCGAAGACCCUGUGGAUUACAAUACUGACUGGGACUACUCGAUCGAUAAGUAUCUCGAUGAAGACGAACAAUACCUAGAGGAAGCUGUGGCUGAAGAAGAAGAAGGAGGAGAAGAACAACGAGGAACGGCAUUUUAUCAGCAGGAUGGCGUUAAUUUUAGAUAUCAGUCACCCGAUGUCCCUGACUAUGGUUCUGUUGAUUUGGAGAAUCGUAAUAGACGUGAUUCUGGGUCAAGCAGUAAAUCGAGCUCAGACGAAGAAAAUAGCAUAGUUGAAGACGAUCAAUAUGAAGAUUUUUACAAACAGUUUCCUACAAAAUUGGAUUAUCAAAGAUACUAUCUUGCAGAAGAGGAUUUAGUUAUUGGUAUCGCAGGCUAUGCUGAUCGAUGGUGGAAAACAACAAUAUAUUACUUUCUUUGUAUUAGUACUUUGGGGAUUGCCUAUUUAAUAUUAAGAUGGCUUCCUCGUUAUCGAAUCAAUUUGAUGGGUACUAGAUGUCCUUUGGGUAAGGCGGACUGGUGUGUUAUUGAAAACGAAUUUGGUGAAUUGCAAAUUGCCCACGUUGAAAAGCAACGAUUCAAUGAGAGACUUUCCAAUUUCCUUGUUGUUACAGAUGACCAAUAUGAUUUUGAAAAAGAUCCCGUUGUUCCUCAUAUACAAUCAUUUGUCUAUAGAUAUAUUAAAUUUUUCUAUAAUCCAAUGGAGGAUAUGUUCAAGACCAACUCAAAUUGGUUCGACACACGUUUGUUAAAUGUCAAAAAUCUCAAAGAUGGGGUAUCACAUUCUGUUCAAGAUCAAAGACAAGAGAUAUUUGGCAGAAACACUAUUGAAAUUGAAGAGAAAUCAGUGUUGCAAUUAUUGACAGAUGAAGUGUUGCACCCAUUUUAUAUUUUUCAAGUGUUUUCAAUUUUCUUAUGGCUUGCAGAUGAUUAUUACUAUUAUGCAACAUGUAUAUUUCUCAUUUCGAUGAUUUCUAUAAUAAAUUCAUUGAUCGAAACAAAAUCAACCAUGAAACGUUUACAAGAAAUUUCCAAGUUUAAUUGUGAAGUCAGAGUAUGGCGAAACGGGUUCUGGAAACAAAUUGAUUCUAAUGAAUUAGUCCCUGGUGAUUUAUUUGAGGUUGAUCCAUCCUUAAAUGUCAUCCCCUGUGAUGCCCUUCUUGUUAAUGGAGAGUGCGUUGUUAACGAAUCAAUGUUGACCGGGGAAAGUGUCCCUGUCUCCAAAAUAAGUGCUACAAGAGAAACAGUUAAGUUAUUGCCAGAAAACUUUGUUGAUCCAAUCUUGUCCAAAUCUUUCUUAUAUAAUGGAACUCGUUUGUUGAAAAUGAAGUCUGCCAAUGAUGAACCAGUUACAGCAAUGGUUGUGAAAACUGGUUUCAGCACUACAAAAGGAUCAUUGGUACGUUCAAUGCUUUUCCCUAAACCAACUGGAUUCAAGUUUUACGAAGAUUCUUUCAAAUACAUUGGGUUUAUGACUCUUAUUGCUGCAAUUGGAUUCACCUAUUCCACUUAUAACUUUAUCAAAUUAGGUAUUGACAAAAAAGUAAUGAUCUUACGAGCUUUAGAUAUUAUCACUAUUGUUGUCCCUCCAGCAUUACCUGCUACAUUGACUAUUGGCACCACUUUUGCCAUUUCAAGAUUGAAAAAGCUACAAAUAUUUUGUAUCGCUCCUACUAGAGUUAACAUUGGUGGUAAAAUUGAUGUGUUUUGUUUUGACAAGACUGGUACAUUAACGGAAGAUGGAUUAGAUGUAUUGGGUCUUCAUUUGGCUAAUAAUGCUCAGGGGAGAAAAGAAAUUGUAUUUGAAGAAUUGGUUGAAGAUAUUGAUAAUUUAAAGACAGUUCGUGCUAAUGAUCACGACACAAAUAAUGGGAAAUUCUUACUUGGAUGUUUGACCACGUGCCAUUCCUUACGAUACAUUGACAAUGAGCUUUUAGGUGAUCCAUUAGAUGUCAAGAUGUUUGAGUUUACGAGAUGGAAUUAUAGAGAGGAUUCAAAAACCACUAAUCCGGUUGUAUUCAAGGGCAAUGAUAGUUAUGAAGUGAUCAAGGAAUUUGAAUUUUUAGCUCCCUUAAGAAGAAUGUCAGUAGUGGCUUCUCACAACCAUAAACAUUAUAUAUUCACGAAAGGUGCUCCGGAAGUAAUGUUGGACAUUUGUCAGCAAGAUUCUUUACCUACAAAUUUUGAAGAGUUGCUACACCAUUAUACCCAUUCUGGAUUCAGAGUCAUAGCUUGUGCCUACAAACAGAUCACCUCUACAGACGUUGAUAGAGAUAACGCCGAAUCAGACUUGAUGUUUGCUGGAUUCAUUAUUUUUGAAAACAAACUAAAGAAAAGUACUACAAGUACUCUUAAAACUUUGAAAGAAGCUGAGAUUCGGACCAUUAUGUGUACUGGGGAUAAUAUCUUGACCGCUAUUAGUGUUUCAAGAGAAUGUGGUCUAAUUCCACCAUCUAUUGAGCAUAUUUAUAUUCCAGUACUAGAUGAGAAGAACGAAGAAAGGUAUAUCUCUUGGCAAGAAGUCAAUGAUCCGGAAAACAAAUUAGACCCUAUUACAAUAAAACCAAUAGAUAUUAGACAAGAUAAUAAUUAUAAGUUAGCCAUUACGGGGGAUAUAUUUAGAUUCUUGCUCACUGAGGUUAAGAAUAUUGGUGUUAUUCAAAAUAUCCUCAUGAACUGUGACAUUUUUGCAAGAAUGUCUCCUGAUGAAAAGCAUGAAUUAGUGGAGCAAUUGCAAAGAAUAGAUUAUACGGUUGGAUUUUGUGGAGAUGGUGCAAAUGACUGUGGGGCAUUAAAAGCAGCAGAUGUUGGGAUUUCUCUUUCAGAAGCAGAAGCGUCGGUGGCAGCACCAUUUACGUCUCGGGUUUUUGAAAUAUCGUGUGUUUUAGAUGUGAUUAGGGAAGGUAGAUCCAGUUUGGUUACUAGCUUUUCUUGUUUCAAGUAUAUGUCAUUGUAUUCCGCAAUUCAGUUUGUUACUGUUACCAUUCUUUACAAAACUGGUACCAAUUUGGGUGAUUUCCAAUUUUUAUAUAUUGAUUUGUUUUUGAUUUUGCCAUUGGCUAUAUUCAUGUCAUGGUCAAAACCAUACGCAAAAAUUGUUUUAAAACGACCCACUGCAAACUUGGUAUCUCCAAAAAUCUUAAUACCGUUGGUUUGUCAUAUUAUCGUUAUAUUGCUAUUCCAAGUGUUAUUAUGGUCUUGGGUGAGAAAAGAACCAUGGUAUAUCAAGCCAAUUCCAGGAUCUGACGAUGCAGUAAAAUCUUCAGACAACACUGUUUUGUUUUUGUUUUCAAACUUCCAGUACAUUUUGAUAGCUGUGGUGUUAUCACAAGGACCACCAUAUCGUGAGCCAAUGGUGAGAAAUUACCCAUUUAUGAUCAAUUUGGUUGUGGCCACAUUUUUGUCUGCUUGUUUAUUCCUUAUCGAUGGAAACUCAUCAUUAGGAGAUUUUAUGCAACUAACCAAUUUACAUGGAUGGUUCUAUUGGUACAUCAUCAUAUUUUCCAUUAUUAACCUUUCUUGCAUGAUGAUUGGAGAAGAACGCUGGUUCCCAUCUUUGGCUAAGGUGUAUAAAAGAGUGUUCCAAAGACUGAAGAUUGGCAAGAGUAAGAAAAUAUUCAAGAACUUGAAAAAGGAAUUUAACCAGCUUCAAAGCGUAUGA